AUGCCCUCAAGAUUCCCCUUGGCUUCCCUUGCCAGCUGGUGCUGUCGGACGGCUUCCCUCAAUCGGGGGACACAUUCUGAGGGUGGGAAGGUGCAUUUCAAGGAGGGGUGGAAAAAGGAGGCGGGAGCGUUGGAAUUCCAACCAAUCACCGUAAAGCAAAGGCUCUUCCGAUUGGAUAGGCAAGCAGCCCAUCAGGGCGGCGACGUAUUACCGCGGCCUUCCAAUGAAAAACUCCGAGGGAAGCUUCAAACGACGGGAACAAGAUGGCGGCGCCGUGUUGACUUCGUGGCUUUGGAAACUCUAUGGCCACUGAUCACCGACCGAGAUGAGUUCGCUACGCCGGGCCGGGACGCGCUGACGCGACCGGCCUCCUCCGCCUCACGGCCGCCUCAGCAAACCGACCGCCCCGCUCUGCCGCCUCCGAGAGGCGACGAUGGUGGCUGCCCUGCUCCGGGAGGGAGCCGACCCAACCUGGUCCUGCCGGAGGGAGUGGCCCCCAUGCACUUGGCUGCCGGCCUGGAGCAGGAGAACGGGAUACGUGGCCUCCGCCUCCUCCUCCAGCACGGGGGGGACCCCAACGUCAGAUCUGGGGAAGGCCUCACCCCCCUCCACGUUGCUGCCUCCUGGGGAUGCACCGCCUGCUUGGGGCUCCUGCUGACCGAGGGUGGCGACCCUCACCUGGAAGACCAGGAUGGGAACUCCGCUUUCGACCUGGCUGUGGAGCAGGGGAACGCAACCUGUGUCAACAUCCUGCAGGACGGAGGGUGGAACAGCAGCUUCCCUCAGCGGAGAGCAGAAAGCUUCCUGACCACCAUAAUGGAAGAUUCUGGGCAAACUGGGCUGGGCAACUCUCUCACUUAUCCAUCUGGUAGACUGCCACUGUUCUCCCUGAAGGAGGCUCAUCAGCACGGGGAGCCACCUGGGACCUUCCGUCAGCCUGGGGGAGCCACUCCCAACAGUGUCCCUGGGCCUUGCACCCAGGAUCGGUCGGCCUCUUCCUUUCUCACCGAGUGCUCCUGGCGGGGCGACACGAUUUUGGAUCUGGCUGACUUCGGGGUCCAGCCGCUGGACUCCCCCAAUGCCUUCCUGCCCCCCCGGAAGCCAGCUUCGAGUUGUGCCGACGUACAGAACCCCUGGGAUAGCGAGGUGGGGCGCUCUCUGUCGGACGCUGGUGUGAAGCAGUCUUGGGGCAUCCGGGCCUCUGCAGAGGAAGGGUGCAGCUCACCCCCAGGCCCAGGGACGGCUCUGGGGGGUCCCCUCUCAUUAGUGGGCUCCGAGGGUCUCUCGUUCAGACCGGACAUGCCAUGCACCGCAGGAUCCCCACAGAAGACCCUGCCCUCUGCCAGCCUCGGAACCAGGCCUGGACCAGAAGCGGCCCCACUCCGUCACCCACAGGAUGCCAACGCCUGUGGCCUUUCUCAGGGGUGUGGCUCCCUGGAUCCCGGCCUCUCGGUGACGAUCCCAAGCCAGGACGGGCUGGACAUCACCUGCCUUGGUCACCUGGCUGAGUCCACAGCCGUGUCGGACUUGGGAAAGAUCGUGGUUGACCCGGCCUCUGUCCUGGGGGUCAGCGGGACUCUGGACGGAUGCUCAGGGAGAGGAAGGUCUCUGGGCAAGUGCUCAGCCGCCAGCACUGACCGGUAUCUUUCGUGCAUUAGUGAAUGUUAUGCAAGUGCUGUGGAAGGCCCAGGAUACGGCUACGUUCAUGAGUGGGAAGACAGAAAGGCUGCCCCUAGUGGCCCUGCGGGUGGCUGCAACACCAGCAACGGAGGGUCGGGUCGUGGGCCUCCAGCCUGCAUGGGGACCGGUCUCCGUGGCCAGAGGAUUCUCCCCACCAGAGGGGCUGCCCGGAUCUUUCCCGGGAGUCAAGAUUUGGCUCUGCCCCACAGCAAGAACACCUGGGAGGUUUCACAGAGGAGGGAAAGGUCCAUGAUGGACCCCCCAGAGAACGAGGCUCCUUGGGAAGGGUCUGCGUGGGGGACUGAGGGACCCACUGAGACUUGGGGGCUGCCCGUGAGACGCCAGGAGCCAGCCCUCUUUGGAGCGAGGGAAGAGCUGGCGGAGGUGGGCAUGAGAGGGUUAGGGUUAGGGAGAUCGGCUCUCCCCACAAGCCCCCGGCAGGCAGGAGAGGGGCAACCGAGCUCACCCACUCAAGACACCAUCCCUGUCCAGUGGACGUCGGAAGGGAGGAAUCAUUUCCGUGGCUGUGGGGGUCCACUUGGGCCCAGCAGCACUCUGGGUGGCACAGAGAUGGCCCCGAGCCCACUUGCCAUCGUUGGAGAAGAGCCCCCCAGCGCUCUGGAUGCCCAGCUGCGGUCGAUGAUGCUGGCCACCAAGGUCGCCCACUCCCCACUCCUCCCUUCGAACCGGAAGUGCUGCCCUGCGCCCCCCUGCCCCCAAAGCCCCCUGAUUGGGGCCCUUCCCCAGCAGAGCCUCAGCACCGCCUCUCUCUUCGAGGAGCCCCUGGAGAUGCCGAGGCGCCCCAGGAGAGUCAGGAGGGGCCCCGGACCCCGAGGGGCUGCCAGUCUCAGCCGCUCGCCUCCCCCGGCCAGAGAGGCAGAGGAGACGGGGGAGGGCAGAGCUGUCUCGGCUGUUCCCAGCUGCAGGAAGAUGUCCUCGAACCCAGGACCUGGCCCUUGGGGCUGCUCCCUUGCCAGCUCAAGGGGAGACCCCUCCAGGAGGACAGAGUUGGGGGCAGGAAAACCCUCUUCAGGAGACGCUGCUCAGGGCUGCCCAGAGGUUGGGCGUCUGGAGAGCUUGGGAGUCCGAGGGUCUCUGGGCAAGCGAGCGGAGGAGACCUCCAGAGUCAGUUUCAGCCGGCUGUCUGGGAGGGGCCCGUCUGCCACUUGUCCCCCAGGAAGGCUGAGCCCCAUUUGCCAGGAGGUGCCGCUGUCGCCGGGGGGCCGGCCUGCAAACCUGAGCGCCACGGAGCCCGUGGAAUACCUGUACGUGGAUGAGGAAGAGGGACAGACCCUCAUCGAGCGGCACCUGCCCCCCACGGACGACUCGGGGGCCAGCAGCUGCGAAGACACCCUCGUUUGCGACUGGCGGGCGUGUGCCAGGGCAGCGGUGGGCAGGCAGGGCAAUGGGGAACGCGCCCCCUUGAACCCAGAGUACCUGACCGAUGAAGCUCUGGCACGCAAGUUGCGUGAGUUGGGGGCUGAUCCAGGACCAGUGACGCCCCUCACUCGGAAGUUGUACGUGCAGCUCUUGGAGAGGCUGAGCAGGGACCCUGAGACCCCGGCCCGGAAGGGCUCUGCAGCCUACAGCCCAGAGCUGGCCUCUGCCCUGGACACCUACCGGAUCCCCACCUCCAAAGCCGACGAGAUGGCGCUGGCCGCAGAGUUUGACCGGCCGGACAAGAGCCGGAGGUGGCGGGGAGGGCUGCUGAAAUCCAGCUUCAACUACCUGCUGCUGGAUCCCAGGGUGACCCAGAACCUGCCCGCCCGCUGCCAGCUGCUCAGUCCGGACGAGACCUUCCGGACCUUCGUCCGUGCCAUCUUCUAUGUGGGCAAGGGGACCCGCGGCCGGCCCUACCGCCACCUCUACGAAGCCUUGACCCACUACCGGGAGGGCCAGGGGACGCCGGCAUGUCCGCAGGUCUCCUCCAAAGUCCAGCACAUCCUGGAGAUUUGGGCCGGGGGGCAGGGGGUCGUCUCCAUGCACUGCUUCCAGAACGUGGUUCCUGUGGAGGCCUACACCCGCGAGGCCUGCAUGGUGGAUGCCAUCGGUCUGAAGAUGCUGACCAAUCAGAAGAAGGGGAACUAUUACGGCCUGGUGGUCGGCUGGCCCAUGAAACGCCGGCGGAGUCUGGGGGUCUUUCUCCUGCACCGAGCUCUGCGGAUCUUCCUGGCCGAGGGCGAGCGGCAGCUGCGGCCCGCUGAUAUCUGAACUGGCCCUUGAGCCGGGGGGGGGGGCCUGAGGGCCUCUUCCCUCCAAGCAGAACCUCUGGGCCUGGGGCUCAUCCGAGGGGCUUGACCCAAUCCCUCCUUCACACAACCGAGGGUCCGGAUUCUGGAAUCCCUCAUCACGAGCUCCUGCGCUGGACGCUGAGCGGAGAGUGAACGCUGCACCCGUGUUCAGAAGCGAUUUUGGGGGCUGGGUUACCUGCAGAGGAGCCCUGCUGUUUGCUGUGGCUGGCACACCUGGUGGGUGGGGGUCCCAGUUGCAUCCAGUCACAUUGUGGGAGAGGGUCACAGAGCGAAGCAGGAACCCCAAGGCCCUUCCCAAGCAACAGCUGUGGGCUCAGCCCCCAACCCUCCAUCCGUGGGGGACCCUGGGGAGGGGUCUUCCCGCACCCUAAGGGCACCACAGUCAGCUCUUCUGGGAACCUUCACGGGUGCCUCUUCCUCCUUUUGUGCAGGUGGGCCUGAGGGAUGUUUUACGGGGGCCGGGGGGGACUUUUAAAAAAAUGCUGGGGCUGCAUUAUGUUUUUAAAGAUUUUUCUGGUUACCCCUUAUCUGGGAUUGGGGGCAUUAAACGAGACGAGCGCUG